CCAUAAUACUAGGAAAAUGUGUUUAUGUGCGCGACCAGUUUCUACUGGGAAAAAAAAAACAAUACAAAAUGAAUUUGACUUGGAAUCCCUUUGUUCAAUUUUACAAAAACAAAUACCUGCUCUUCAACAGAACAAAGUGUGAAUGCAGUGUUAAAUCUACACAAGGCCUGUCAACUAAGCCACAGUUUAAAGGUGCAGGCAGUUUUCAAUCAGUGUUCCAGCUUGUACAGCUUUGCGUAAUUUACUUCUGUGGAUGUGAUUGGUCAUUGAGCUCCUUUGGUUUCACUCUUAAAUGGCAUUUUUGGAAGCACAAGGAAUGGGUCAGCUGAUGGGCAAAAUGGCUUUGUGGGGGUUUGCAAGCCAGUUGUUCCUCUUUGCACUUUUGGGUUGGAAUGCUCAUUCCUCUCCUAUUAAAGAUUUGAGCCAACAGGAUCAUCUUGAGGGGAAUUACAAAAUGUGGCUGAGUUCUGACCAUCAAAAUGAUAAGCCUUCAGACUCUGAUUCUGGGAUUACCUCACAACCUGGUUCUGUGUCAUGGGUGGUUACCAGACCUUCACGAAAAGCUUGGUCUGGUUUCCCCUCCAGUCCCAGUGGUGCUGUCCCUUGGAUGGGUGAAACUCCAAAAGGGAAAUCGCUGGGUACCCGUUCAAAUCCUGAAGCUUCUGCUGACUCAAUGCCUGUGGAACUUCAAAAACUACCAGGUCCCUCUGUGAAUCCUGAAGGUCCUGCUGUCUCGUGGCUUGUGGAAUACCCAAAAUUGCUGAGCCCCUCUUCAAAUCCUGAAGAUCCUGCUGUGUCAUGGCUUGUGGAACCAUCAAAACUGCCUGGUCUCUCUUCAAAUCCUGAAGGCCCAGCUGUGUCGUGGGCAGUUGUGAAUCCCCCAAAACUACCACCUCCCCCAUUUAAGCCAAGUGUUUCUAUGCACCCAUGGCAAGUGAAGACUCCCACAAAGAAACAGAAUUCCUUGCUUAAUCCAGAGGGUCUUCCACUGUCAUGGGUUGCCCCAAAAUAUCCUGGCCACUCUAAUUCUAAAGGUUCAUCAUGGGUUGUAAAGCCCCCUAAGUCUGGUACCCCUUCUAGUACUGACUAUCCUUCAUUCUCAUUGGAUGUAAAUACUCCAAAGGUGCCUGAACCUGCAACUAAUCCAGAAGGUUUUGGCAUGUCCUGGCUGGAUUCUCUAGCAAGGAAAACAAGCUUUCCAAUGCCUUCUGAAAGUACUGCCCCAUGGGGACCAUCAGAAAUUACGGAUCCCUCACCCUCUGGACCUGAGGACAUCGGAACAGCACCUACUGAUGAAUCCUUGGCCGACCCUCAGCUUGGCCAUGAAGUUGAUUUUUCAUUUGAGUCGAAGAUUCCGCAAAUGGAAGGAGGCUUGGAUCAUAGCGACUCGGAGGUGGAGACAGAGGGGGAAGAUCCUGUUUUGCCUUAUGCACCAAUGUUCCAGGGAGGUACCUUAAGGAACUCUGAGGCUGUCUACGAACAAGGGAACUCUGAGAAGAUGACAGAUUAUAUUGACUCGCCAUCCCCUUAUGCUUCAACUAGUAUGCAAAGUUCAUUUUCACCCUACAUCAAGCAAAGAAUACCACACCUGUUCUACCUCUUUGUGACUGGCCAGCUUCCUCACGGUACGGUGUCUCACAUGCAGUCAGAAUAUGAGGUUGGCAGAGACCGUACAACUCAAGUUGGCUACGAGCAGUAUGUCAUCCCUGGUAACUCUAAGUCUUCAACUCUGUUCCCCCCAGAGCAACAACUACUCCAAGAGUUUCAAAGCUGAAAAGGACUGGACUAAAUUUUCAACUAACUUGAAAGGAUGAGAGUGAAGGCAGUUCUGCAGUUUACUGUUUGACUUCAAGUUGGUUGAAUUCUUUAAUAAAAUGUUAAAUCAAA